UUAAAAGAAGAAUGAGAAAGACAGUGUGUGAUGAAGCGACGUCGUUAGGAUAAAAGAUAAGGUUGAUUACGGCGCAUGAAAUAGGUGAGACACAGCAGGCAAUACAGAGACACAGUGAAGAAAUGGAGAUGGCACUGCAACAAUUUCAUCACUUACCAACAAGAAAGGCAAGACUAGAAGAUAUCAAUUCUUCUUCUUCUUCAGCAUCAUCAUCUUGUGUUUCAUAUUCUAAUUAUAAGCAUACACAACACUCUACUACUCGUCCACAUUUCCAUACGUUUGGCUUGCAUAUGCAAUUCAAAUGCGCUCCGAUUCGGAGAUUGCAUUAUAGGAAUGGCGUUGUUGCUGAAAUUGAGAAACUUGAAGAUGAUGCUUAUACUACGGAGGAAGAUGAUGAUGAUGAUGAAUCGAAUUCAGCAGCGUCUAUUUUGUCUUUGAGUGAUAAACCUGAUAGAAACACUGCCUUACUUGACGACUAUGAAAUGGAGGAGCUUGAUUUUGUUCCUCAACUUGACCCUAACCAUCGCAGCGGAUAUGUUGCUGUUGUUGGAAAGCCUAAUGUUGGAAAGAGUACACUUUCUAAUCAAAUGAUCGGACAGAAGCUUUCGAUAGUUACUGAUAAGCCACAGACAACGAGACAUCGAAUUCUUGGAAUAUGUUCCGAACCAGGUUAUCAGAUGAUACUUUAUGACACACCUGGAGUUAUUGAGAAGAAAAUGCACAAGUUAGACUCGAUGAUGAUGAAGAACGUCCGUAGUGCUACCGUAAAUGCAGACUGUGUAGUGGUUGUCGUGGACGCAUGUAAGCCGCCCCAAAAUAUUAAAGAAGUAUUGGAAGAAGGUACAGGUGGCCUGGAAAGUAAAGUACCCACUUUACUAAUUUUGAAUAAGAAGGACCUGAUAAAACCUGGUGAAAUUGCUAAGAAACUGGAGUGGUAUGAAAAGUUUACAGAUGUAGACGAGGUCAUACCAGUAAGUGCAAAAUAUGGUCAUGGAGUAGAAGAUGUUAAGGAGUGGAUACUAUCAAAGCUUCCUCUUGGACCAUCUUAUUAUUCUAAGGAAAUCACUAGCGAACAUCCUGAAAGAUUUUUUGUUGCUGAAAUAGUCAGAGAAAAGAUUUUUAUGCAAUACCGUAAUGAAAUUCCUUAUGCAUGCCAGGUUAAUGUAAUAAGCUACAAGGCUAGGCCAAAUGCAAAAGAUUUCAUUCAAGUUGAGAUUGUUGUGGAGAAAAACUCACAAAAGAUCAUUGUCAUUGGAAAGGAAGGAAAAGCUCUAAAACUCCUAGCCACAGCUGCACGGCUGGACAUUGAAGAUUUCUUGCAGAAGAAAGUUUUCUUAGAGGUUGAAGUAAAAAUAAAAGAAAAUUGGAGGCAGGAUGAAGGGCUUUUAAGACAUUAUGGCUAUGCAGGCCAUAUCCGAGCUUAAUGAAACAUCAUUUAAAUCAAUUUUUUCUUAUGAUUUACUUGGAAGCAAAAUGUUAUUUAUUGUAAAUCAUGAUCACCAGACCGAGCCAUGAGUUCCCAAUCACGGAAGCAUUCAGACUUUGGAAAGUGGAAGUCUUGAUGUUGUAACCUGUAAGUAGCAAGAUCAGACGAUUUUCAUAAUGAGCACAAUGCUUAUAUAUCUCUCCUGGGGGCAGCAAAAUGUUGUAGCUUGUAAGCUGUGUUCUAAAGAUGGAGUUGUUUUUGUAAUGAGCACAAUGUUUAUAUUGUUUAUGUAGCUCACGAGGCUCUGUUUUAUUGUUCA